UGGGCCUGCCGCGUCGCGCGUCCUCUGCUCUGGGCUCGAGUCAUCGGGCCACGCGCGAUGGGCCCCCGCAGCCCUGUGGCCGCGUUGCUGGCGCUCCUGUGUGCGGGGUGCGCGCUGCUGCCACCCGGGCGCGCACAGUACGAGCGCUACAGCUUCCGCAGCUUCCCGCGGGACGAGCUGAUGCCGCUCGAGUCGGCCUACCGCCACGCGCUCGACCAGUACAGCGGCGAGCACUGGGCCGAGAGCGUAGGCUAUCUGGAGGUGAGCCUGCGGCUACACCGUCUGCUGCGCGACAGCGAGGCCUUUUGCCACCGCAACUGCAGCACGGCCACGCCCGCGGCCGCCGGCCCCUCCAGCCAUGCUGAGUUGCGCCUCUUUGGCAGCUUGCUGCGCCGCGCGCAAUGUCUCAAGCGCUGCAAGCAGGGCCUGCCCGCCUUUCGCCAGUCGCAGCCUAGCCGCGCGGUGCUGGCCGACUUUCAGCAGCGCGAGCCGUACAAGUUUCUGCAGUUCGCCUACUUCAAGGCCAACGACCUCCCGAAGGCUGUCGCCGCAGCUCACACCUAUCUUCUGAAGCACCCUGACGACGAGAUGAUGAAGAGGAACAUGGCAUAUUACAGGAGCUUGCCUGGAGCUGAGGACUACAUUAAAGACUUGGAAACCAAGUCCUAUGAGAGCCUGUUUGUCCGUGCGGUGCGGGCCUACAAUGGGGAGAACUGGAGGACAUCCAUUACGGACAUGGAGCUGGCACUUCCUGAUUUCUUCAAGGCCUAUUACGAAUGCCUGGCUGCCUGCGAGGGCUCCAGGGAGAUCAAAGACUUCAAGGAUUUCUACCUGUCUGUAGCAGAUCAUUAUAUAGAAGUUCUGGAGUGCAAGAUUCAAUGUGAGGAGACCCUCACUCCUGUCAUAGGAGGCUAUCCUGUGGAAAAAUUCGUGGCUACCAUGUACCACUAUUUGCAGUUUGCUUACUAUAAGCUGAGCGAUCUGAAGAACGCGGCCCCCUGUGCCGUCAGCUACCUGCUCUUCGACCAGAACGACAAGGUCAUGCAGCGGAACCUGGUCUACUAUCAGUUCCACAGGGACAAGUGGGGCCUCUCAGAUGAGCACUUCCAGCCCAGGCCGGAAGCAGUUCAGUUCUUUAACGUGACUACGCUCCAGAAAGAACUGUACAACUUUGCUGAGGAACACCUAAUGGAUGACGAUGAGGGAGAGGUUGUGGAAUUUGUGGAUGACCUGUUGGAGAUGGAAGAGUCCGGCUAGUCCAGAGCAACAACAGAGACGUCUCUUCUUCCGUGUUCCUUUUGCCUCCAGUGCCUGGGCUGUCAAUACCUCAAAGCGUUCCCUUUGUAAAGUGAAAUGGAAGCCACUGUCUCGCUUACUACACGGAACCAGGGCCAAGUCUGCCUUCCCGGUGUUCACACCUGUCUACCCACAUGCCUUCUCUGUAUGCAUACCUGUCUUCAUGGUUACAUGUCUUCCCAGCCAUCUUCUGCUUGUUCAUUCACACCUGCCUUCCCAUUCACACCUGCCUUCCCAUUCACACCUGCCUUCCCAUUCACACCUGCCUUCCCAUUCACACCUGCCUUCCCAUCAACCCGGCUGUCCUCCCCAUGUCCACAUUUGUCUUUCUUCUGUGGUCUGUUUUGUCUUGUUUU